AUGGAUUUGGUAAACCACCUAAACGAUAGACUAUUAUUUGCUAUCCCUAAAAAGGGACGUCUUUAUGAAAAGAGUGUUACGAUAUUAAAUGGCUCUGAUAUAAAAUUCCACCGUUCACAGAGAUUAGAUAUCGCAUUAUGUACUACAUUACCAAUUGCACUUAUUUUCUUACCUGCAGCAGAUAUCCCUAUGUUUGUUGGUGAGGGUAGAUGUGAUCUUGGUAUUACUGGUGUGGACCAAGUUCGCGAAGCCAAGAUGGAUGUAGACUUACCUAUUGAUUUGAAAUUUGGUAGUUGUAAAUUACAAGUGCAAGUACCUGUUAACGGACCAUAUACUAAACCUGAACAAUUAAUUGGUAAGACUAUUGUUUCCAGUUUCACUAAUUUGACUGAAGAAUACUUUGCUAAAUUGGAAGGUGUUCCAGCAGAAAAGAUGACUACUAAAGUUAAAUAUGUGGGUGGUUCCGUGGAAGCUUCAUGUGCCUUAGGUGUUGCUGAUGCCAUCGUGGAUCUUGUAGAGAGUGGUGAAACCAUGCGUGCCGCAGGAUUGAUCGAUAUUGCCACUGUCUUGGAGACCAGUGCUCAUGUCAUUGAAUCUAAGAACCCAAGAAGCGAUAAAGAUUUGAUUGAGACUAUUAAAUCCAGAAUUGAAGGUGUUAUUACUGCGCAAAGAUACGUUUGUUGUAAUUAUAACGCCCCAGAAGAUAAGUUGUCCCAAUUACUCACAAUCACACCCGGUAGAAGAGGUCCAACGAUCUCCAAGAUAGAUUCCGAUGGUUGGGUUGCUGUAAACUCGAUGAUCGAAAGAAGCAAGAAGGGUGAGAUCAUGGACGAAUUGAAGAAGAAAGGUGCUGCUGACAUAAUGGUCUUUGAGAUCUCCAAUUGUCGUGUUUAA